GGGUGCUGUGGUGCUGUGCAGUGUUUGGUUUGUGCUUGCUGGCUGCGUGCGGUACCGCAUGUCUCGACCUAUCAACGCCGAUGCCGGCCAAUAUAUCCCUCGGAUGAUCCCCUGGCGAGACUGGGAUGAGUGGUACAGGGUCAAGGCCCUGCUGUUUUCUCCCGAGCCUUACCUACGGUCCCAAGGUGUGCAACACGUGGCCGUCUGGCAGAGCCGAGAGAGAAUACCACAUGCUGUGGAGACCACGUCCCAGCUCGUUGAGGUUCGGCUCAACGACGCAGGUGCGGCGGGGAGAGGUGGGCUGACCUUUCACGGCGGUCAAAGGAGCGAGGAGGAGCUGCGGCUCAUCUACAGCGCCGUGGUCGUCAGAGCGGUGAACGGCCUUACCGGGCACGAGCAAAAGGCCGCACACGCCGCGCCCGUGUCUUCCCUGGCACGAGAGAUCGGACUGCCGACGUGGAUAGUCGACAUACGACACGAGGCUGCCCACAAGCAGUUGCCCGGCAUUGUCACCCUUCGGCUCGCGGCGGACUUCCUCGUGGACUACCUAUGGAGGCGUCACUGGAGCCCGCAGGCUGAGCACCUCGGAUUUGUUUGGGGUGCUUUCGACCAGCUCAUUUGCAGAUACAAGGCCACCAGCGAUAGCGACGCCUUGAUGCCGCGCAGUUCCUCCCCCGGCCACGCCGGUCGACCAAGCAGCAAAAAACCGCGGACAUCUUCCGCCGCAUCCGGCGGCGGGUCUUCGUCGAACACAAGAGAUGGGGAUUCCAGCUCGAAGCCUCCCGGCACCCCGCGUGGAACGGGCUCAUCAGCGGCAUCGAAAUUCGGUGCCGCGGCCAUGGAGGUUGCGGCGCACGAGAUUGUCUUGUCCGCGACUCCGACCGCUCUGUCUUGGGCGGUGGUAUCCCUGCUCGCGGACGGCGGGGGUAGGGUAAGGGGCGAAUAUUUCGUCGGUGGAGUUGGUGGGACCAAGGGGAGGGGGCAAGGGCACCUCCUUCCUCGCUCAAGGGACAAGUACCCGACUCCGGUGAGAGGGUUGGGGGGUGGGUGGUGGGCAACCCUGCUGGACAUGUUUCACUCCAGAUGGCGGGGGUUUGGGGCCGCACUUCUGGUCCGUCUGGUUGAGGCACUCCUCGACAACGCAUCAUCAACGCCCGGAGCAGCCGUAAACGCCGACGAGAAUGGCAGAAGCGCGUGUGGCGGUGGCAACGGCAGUGGUGGUGACGGAGGAGGAGGAGCAGGAGGAGGAGGAGGCCUAGAGAGGCAGGCCGCCUUCAUCGAGAUAUGGGUGAAUCAUCUCCUGAGUCGCCGGUGGCACCUACGCACCAGCGAUGCAAGGGUACGAGAAGCUCUUCGGGAGGAGGCUGUACGUGCCGGGUUAUCGCCCACGUUCUUCCAAGCAAAGGAGGCUUUGUGGGAGGAAAAUGAGAGCACCUGGGCGGAUAAGCCAGGCGAGUCCCCUGUGUCGGUGCUCCACGCCGCCUACUUUCCUGUGCACGAGCUAUUAGAUCGCUGCCGCCGUGCGCUCUCCGCGCUACCGGCAGCACGGCAACCUUCGGCCGCGAAUCCAAGAACUCCAGGCGAUGGCUCUCUCGUCGGAAAGAGUGAACGAAGCACCUGCCCGGCUCCCCCGUCCCCGUCUACGGCCGAUGGUAUUGCCGACGACGAAGGCAAGAACAUCGGGUACAGUGCGCACUGGGCGAGAGCGGGACUCGACGCGGUCUGCCACGCGUUGGCGGCGGCACUUCCAGGCGAAAAUGCUGCCUCUCCCUCAGCCUCUGCCGCUACCUUUGGCCUUGACGCGCAUCGGAAGGGCGAAUGCGAUAACGCUGCUGCUGGUGCGCCCAGCGGUCCUGUGGUUGCGACCCAAGUCGCCAUCUCUGCAAAUCAAGAGGUACCCCUUUGCGUCCCACCAACAGAAGAGUGUAACCAAACCGCUGGGCCCCCUGGUGAGGUGCUGAAUCAUUGUAGCAGCGGCGGGGCUGAGCGGGGUGAUGCUGCAAAGGGCCCUGCUUCGGAAACAGCGCCACUGCUGGCGAUGAUGGGCCUGGAUGACUUGGAACGCUUGCUUGGCGGAGAUGCGUCUUCCUCGCUUGCGGCCCCCGGGGGAUAUACCAGUGUACCAUCGAGCAUAGCCGCUGGUGCGGUGCGGGAAUCGGGGUUCAGGGAGGUUGGACGGCCCAGUGAAGUAAAUGGAGAUACUGGCCGUGCGUGGGAACUGGUCGAGGCUUGGACGCCGUGCGCGAUAGGGACGCUGCCGGGGUCGUCUGCCGCCCGCCUUCACUGAGCGAUUGUCAUGUGGGGGGGGGGGUUGUGGCAUCACGAGGUUCAAAGCACGAUCUUUUACCCCGUGAAUCAAGACUUUGGGCCAGUUUAGAUUCUGAUGACAGGGAGCCUGCACCAGCCGCUUGCUCAAGCGGAAAUCACACUGUAAUGAGACAUGGAUGUCUGGGCUACCGCCAAAGCUUUCCACAGCCACCAGCGCCCCCCGCCCAUCGCGGCAGCUAGCGGCCAGUUGGAGCCGAACGACGGAAGUUCGGCUUGUGACAGCGACCUGUUCUAUCUUAUUUCGACGUGUGCCACAACCAAUUGGGAGCCCGAGUUGUAGCGGUGCGCAGUUAUCCCUUGUGCUUGCGAUUCAACCUCCACAAGUCCGCGGGUUUGGUUGGGCAUGGCACGGCACAUGGUAUGCAGUCUUGC